CACGAGCUAGAAUUUCUAUAUAGUGGCUACAGUAGCGCUCGUGGCGGCAACGACGGGUACUAUCGACCGCCAUUUUAUUUUAAGUCAAAACAUCGAAGUCUGUACCACAUGUUGGAUAGGAUUGUCACUUAGAUAUAUUUCUGGAUUAGUGUUUGUAAAAAAUAGAUUAUUCUAGUUUUUUCCCCCUUUCUUUCUUGCUUCGUUUCUAGAUUAUUACUAUGAAGAAAAACUGACAACUUGGUAUAAGAUAUGUUUUUAUAGGAUAAAAUUGUUUAAAUCGACAAUUGACAUCUUGAGAUAGAAAAAAGAAAUAUGCCUGCUGUAUGUUCAGCAUAUAACUGUACCAACAGAAGUAAUCAAACGACAAAUAUAUCAUAUUUCAAAUUUCCUCUGAGAGACAAAGAACUUACUAAACAAUGGGUAAGCAACAUGAGACGUUACAAGUGGUAUCCAACUAAAGCGAGCUAUCUGUGCUCGGCCCAUUUCGAAGUGAAAUAUCUUUAUGACAGUAAUGGUCGAAAACGCCGUUUGGCUAAGGCUGUACCGACUCUGUUUUCUUUUUCUAAGCGUUUAAAAAUAAAACAUACCUUAAGAUCACUAUCCAGGAAACGAGCUUUGGAAGACAGUACUUCGACACACAUGUCUAGUGGGUCUCAUGAGAUAAAUGAUCACAAUUACUGUCUUGAUAGACAGUACAAUUCCUACCAUGUCCAAGUACCAAGUACCAAUACAGUACCAAGUCCAAGAAAACUUAAAAAAGUGAAUGACAGGUUAGUCAGGAAAAGAAUAGUAUAGAAAACUGAAAAAGUAUAGUAGCCAGACUGUGAAAGAUUGUGCAAUUUGGUGUCUGAUGGAUUAAACGGUGCAAUGAUUCAAUUUUGAAAGGACUUUCGGAACUUUGGGAUGAAAGUAAAGUGAUUGAGUGUUUGUGGCAAAUAAGAAAGUUUAUACAGAUGUUGCAUUCUGUUAGGGAAUACAGAUAUCUUAUAAAGUUUGAGAAUUCCUCGCCUGAGGAGUCUUUGUCAAUGGGUGAUGUCAGUGGAUGGUCAUCUGGAAUUAAAUGGGAAUACUUUAGUGAACUUGUAAACUUGCAAUAAAAGAAAGGUUUGCAUGCAGCAAACAAAAUUAGAAGGAAGCACAUUAAUUUUCAAAUACAAAAAAAUGAAUUACAUUAAAAAGCUUCUUGCCUGUAUUAUUUAAUUACAAAAACUAGUUAGUUACAUGACUAAUGAACAGGCUAUUUAAUUAACUUAUUCCAAAAUGCAUUUGGCCUUACUGGUCUUUAUCAAUUGGGUGACAUACAAAACAGUCUAUGGUGACAAUUAAAGCUUCAGUAGCUCAAAACCUUAGUAAUUCAGUUGUUAAUGCUAUGAUUUUCUGUAAAAUAUUAGGUUUAAAAGAAUUUAAUAGGUGUGAAACAAUAUUUAAAUUCAUAAAAAUGGUAGAUAUAGCAUUUGAUUUACUUAAUUAUUGUCAUCCUAUGGGCAAAGGAGCCAAAUCACCAGUUUCAAGGGGCAAUAGAAUUAAUGAAUAUGUUAAUCAUUUCAAAAAUGUAAAACUUUUGGAUGGAACUCCUGUAUACUGUCAAUUAGAAAAAUGGCAAUGUAUGGUGUUAUUUAGAAUUUAAUAAGUUUAAAAUAAUUUUCUGAAAUGUAUGUACAGGAGGAAAAUUCAGAGCUGUUUUAGAUGUUGACUCACAGAACAAGCCAAGACCAUUUAGAGUUGUUUUCCUCCAGUAUAUUCAUAAUAAAGGAGGAAAUGUGAUCAAAGCAAAUGCUGUUCAGUUCAGGAAUGCUUAUAGAAAUUGUUUAAUAGCACAAAUUGAAAGGUCCUACAUUACAAUUUGCAUGUAAUGUAGAGAUACUUGCACCAGCUAUUAAUAUACAAGCAAUAUCUGAAAAUGUUAGCACAAUGUACUUUGAUUGUGAUUUAUAUACCACAGUGUGAGUCUUCAAAUGUAUUCUGAGAAUGUUGUUCAGUAUAUGGCAGGAAGUAUAAUUAUGCAGGUUAUCAAAAAAAUUAAUCGUAUUGAGUUUUUGGAAGUUUCUUUUCGCAUACUAAUGGGAUGCUUGUUUGUGAAUUUCAAUCGUCUGCUCACAGCAACAGAAUUUGGGGAAGAAAGCCAUUAUGUUUUUCCUGUAAAACUUUUCAAGAAUUAUUUUAAUUGUAAAAUGCAGCAUUUAUGUAAUUAUGUCUUUGGAGAAAAGAGGAAAACAUGUUAGGCAAAUAUAUACCAAACUUAUUGUCCUUUAAAUAAAAUAAGACUUAUAAUCAGAAAGACAUGUAAAAUACUUUGUAUAUGUACGAUAUGUAAAAUACAUGUAAAUAAUGUGCAUUAUUUAAUAUUUAUUAAAUUGUG